AUGGAAAACCCUGAGGUUGAUCGCAACGAGUCAGAUGUGAAUGCAGUGUUCCUAGAUGGGCAGCUGUUCCAUAUUGAAGAAUUGCCCUGGUAUGCUGAUAUAGUCAACCAUCUGGAGAAUGAAGUUGUUAGUGCAUCAACCACACAUAGGAAAUGGAAGAAGGAAAGAGCUUUAAGGACGAUGCCGAAAGAGAAUGAAGUUACUAGUGCACCAUCUAGUUUAUCAAUAUCCUUGAAGUCUAUUCUUAGGUAUGCUGAAAAGAUUGAAAGAAAGGUCAUAGAAAAAAAUCGCAGAAACAAAAUGAAAUCACUUUACUCCAACUUGAAUUCCCUCCUCCCAACCCCUCACUCAAAUCUACCACUAACAGUGUCGGAGCAGAUAGAGGAAGUAAUAAAGUCCAUUAAAUCACUAGAGAUAAAGUUGAAGAAGGAUGAGGAGAAGAAGGAGAGACUUUUGAGAAAGUCGAAAAUGUCAUUGUCAUCGCCGUCAUACACUGCAUUGUCGACGAACCAGAAUAGGAAUGUACCUGAACUGAAAAUCAAAGAAAUGGGCUCUGCCGUGGAGGUGGUUUUAACGACUGGGUUGGAGGAUCGGUCUAUAUUUUAUGAGAUUAUUCGUAUCUUUAAUGAAGAGCGAGUCGAGAUCAUCAAUGUUAGUUAUUCCGAUCUCGAAAGUACCAUCAUAUAUUCGCUCCACGCUGAGAUUGAAGACGUGGUGUAUGAAUUUGGAGGAACAAAACUGAUAGAGAGACUAAAAAAAUUGGUUCACGAACCCAACAAUGAUCCAGAAUUACAGGCGGUGGCAGUUUUCAGCAGUCACGGUGGAACCAAUUUUCCGGCGGACGUUCUGACGACAAGUUCCCAUUACAAUUUUUGGAGCAACUAG